AGAACAGUUGGGGGUAAUGAGUGAAUUUGAUUUAUAAGAACUUGAUAAAAACAACAAAAUCCUUCAAACUAUAAUUUAAAUAUCUUGAGUAUGAAAUGGAUUCAGUGGUGUUCAGAAACUAAGCUGAAGAAUAAUGUGGUUGUUUGAAGAUUGUUUAGAAAAUAAAUAUACAGGGUAGGAAGCAUGUUAUAGAAAAGUUACUUUUUGGAAGAGAAGCCCAUUAAAGAAACAGGAUCUUCAAAUCAGCCCUGGGAACAAGGAUCGCAUCAAGGGAACAAGAAGUGGCUUCCCCUGCAGCACAUUUGUCUUGAAGAUCAGUCAGAAAGAGAAACUGCAUCAUCUGUGACAGGCAGACAGUGGGACGCACAAUGCCAGUAAAAUGCUGUUUCUACAGGUCUCCAACUACGGAAACACUGGCAUGGUCUGAAAAUAUGGACUCGCUCUUAGCUAACCAAGCUGGAUUGGAUGCUUUUCGAACAUUUCUAAAAACAGAAUUUAGUGAAGAAAAUGUUGAGUUCUGGCUUGCCUGUGAAGACUUCAAGAAAACAGAAUGUAGAGAAAAGAUUGCUACCAAAGCUAAGAUGAUUUACUCAGAAUUCAUUGUAGCUGAUGCACCAAAAGAGAUUAACAUUGACUUCAGUACCAGAGACAUCAUCUCAAGAAAUAUUGCUGAACCAACUCCAAAAUGCUUUGAUGAGGCUCAAAAAUUAAUCUAUAGUCUUAUGGCCAAAGAUUCAUUCCCUCGUUUUCUAAAGUCAGAAAUUUAUAAGAAAUUGGUAAAUAGCCAACAGGUUGGAAAUCAUAAAAGAUGGCUUCCUUUCCUGUGA